AUGCACUGGGUCCCUGAUGAGGGGCCUGGCCGCCUCUGGGCACCCCCACCAUGGCCUAACCUCCAGCCUGGCGUCCUCGGGGCCUCACUCAACAUCUCCAUCGCCAUGGGAGGCUGCUUCUCCAAACCCAAGCCAGUGGAGCUCAAAAUUGAGGUGGUGCUCCCAGAGAAAGAAAGAACCAAAGAGGAUGCCUCUCCCAACGGCCAAGCCAGCCCCCUGGCCUACAAAGCCAACGGCCGGGCCCGGCACUACCACCCGGAGGAGCGGCCGUCCACCCUGCACCCCUACCCCAGCCCUCACGACCGAGUGGAGGCUGCCGUGUGCCACGUCAAGGACCUGGAGAAUGGCCAGAUGCGGGAGGUAGAGCUGGGCUGGGGCAAGGCCCUCUUGGUGAAGGAGAACGGGGAGUUCCAUGCCUUGGGCCACAAGUGUCCACACUACGGAGCCCCCCUGGUGAAAGGGGUCCUCUCCAGGGGCAGGGUCCGAUGCCCCUGGCAUGGUGCCUGUUUCAAUAUUGCCACUGGAGACAUUGAAGACUUCCCAGGCCUAGACAGCCUGCCCAAAUUCCAGGUGAAGAUUGAGAAGGAGAAGGUGUACAUUCGAGCCAGCAAACAGGCCCUGCAGACACAGAGGAGGACGAAGGUGAUGGCCAAGUGCAUCUCCCUCAGCAAUUACCACGUGGGAAGUACCAACAUCCUGAUUGUGGGAGCUGGGGCGGCCGGCUUGGUGUGUGCAGAGACCCUGAGACAGGAGGGCUUCUCCGACAGAAUUGUGAUGUGCACGAUGGACAGACACCUUCCUUAUGACAGACCCAAACUCAGCAAGUCCUUGGACUCCCAGCCAGAGCAGAUUGCCCUCAGGCCCAAGGAGUUCUUUCUGACAUAUGACAUCGAAGUCCUGACUGAGACCCAGGUUGUCACAGUGGAUGUGAAGAACAAGAAAGCCAUAUUCAAGGAUGGUUUUAAGAUGGAAUACAAUAAGUUGCUGUUGGCCCCAGGAAGCACCCCCAAGACACUCAGCUGCAAAGGAAAAGAAGUAGAGAAUGUCUUCACUAUUCGGACCCCCGAAGAUGCCAAUAGGAUAGGGAAGCUGGCCCGUGGGAGGAACGCAGUUGUUGUUGGGGCUGCCUUCUUGGGAAUGGAGGUAGCGGCAUACCUGACUGACAAGGCACACUCUGUGUCAGUUGUGGAGUUAGAAGAGACACCGUUCCGAAGGUUCCUUGGGGAGAAGGUUGGCCGAGCCCUCAUGAAGAUGUUUGAGAACAACGGGAUCAAGUUUUACAUGCAGACAGAAGUCUUGGAGCUUCGGGCCCAGGAAGGGAAGCUGAAGGAGGUUAUCCUGAAGAGUGGCAAGGUGGUCCGGGCUGACGUCUGUGUGGUGGGCAUCGGUGCGGUGCCAGCCACGGGCUUCCUUAAACAGAGCGGAAUCAACAUGGACGCCCGGGGCUUCAUUCCAGUUAACAAGAUGAUGCAGACAAACAUCCCUGGCGUCUUCGCGGCGGGGGAUGCCGUCACGUUCCCCCUGGCCUUGAGAAGCAACAAGAAAGUGAACAUUCCACACUGGCAGAUGGCCCACAUCCACGGGCGUGUGGCGGCUCAGAACAUGCUGGCCCAGGAAGCCGAGAUCAGUACUGUGCCCUGCCUCUGGACUGCCAUGUUUGGGAAAAGUAUCCGCUACACAGGGCAUGGGGAAGGGUUUGAUGACGUCAUCAUCCAGGGCGACUUGGAUGAGCUGAAGUUCGUGGCCUUUUACACCAAGAAUGAUGAGGUGAUUGCUGUGGCCAGCAUGAACUACGACCCAAUUGUCUCCAAAGUGGCUGAGGUCCUGGCCUCGGGGAGAACAAUCCGAAAGCGAGAUGUGGAGACUGGAGACAUGUCGUGGCUGACGGGCAAAGGCUACUGAACACCCAGCUGGCCGAGCGUGCCGGCCAGCUGCAGCACAUCUGGCCAGGACGUGGGCAGCCGCUCACUCAGACUCUUGCCAAACCCGCCGCCUCGCCAGUAUCUCCCUCCGAGCAGAAUCUAGCCCGUCCGUCCCCCGCUGCAAAGCCGACUCCUGUCCGGGGGUUCCAGCUCCUCUGGGAACUUUGGG